UCCCUCGGACACAGCAGAUCACCGAUCCACGGAAAGAGCCGAAGAUGUCGGCUCGGUCAUGUGAUCAGCUGUGGCACUGAUGAUCAGUGUACCCUGAUGAUCAAUGUGGCCCCAGAAGUGCCACCUGUCAGUGUCCAUCAGUGCCAGCUGUCAGUGCUGAACAGUGCCAUGUGCCAGUGCCCAUCAGUGCCACAUAUCAGUGCUUACCAGUGCACAUCAAUGCCACAUAGUGCCCAUCUGAGCUGCCUUUCAGUGUCACCCAUCGGUGCCAGUCAGUGCCACCUAUCAGUACCUAUCAGUGUCAGUCAGUGCCGCCUAUCCUAUCAGUGCCGCCUAUCAGUGCCCAUCAGUGAU